UUCCCUUUUCUGUUUUUUUCACUCACUUUUUUCUCGCUUCCCAAACACAGAAAACCCUUAAUUUUCUUUAUUUCUUUUGUUUCGUUUUCAUUUCUACUUUGAUUCCCCUCUUUUGCUCAGCCAAUUAAAUUUCGGAAAGCUAUGGAAUCCGAAGCCCCGAUGACAAAGAAUCAAACUCUCAACGACAUCAUGAAACGAUCCUCUUCUUCAAGCUCCGAGAUAAUUUCUCCCCUCCACUCGCCCCACUCACCUCUCCGAUCCGAUCACGGUGACCCUGACCCGGCCGAGCCCAAAAGGACACCCUCUCCUCAUGUUUCUUCGGCGGCUUCCCCCGUCGACAACUGCAAGGCGCUCGUCAUCGUCGACAAGCCCACCCAGUUCAAAUCCAGUUCUUUCCCUUCUCCUUCGCCGCCGCUUUCCCCGACCACUCCACCGCAACAGCCGUCGAAUUUGACAGUGAAUCGAGCGGUGAGGGAGGAAGGACCGGGAAUGACGACGAAGACGAAACUGAAUGGUGAAGCGGGAGAAGGACGAGGAGCGAGGGCUGUGGCGACGGUGCUGAGGAGAUCCAAGGUCAAGGAGACUCUGAAGAUGGCGGCUCUAGGGUUUCGAUUAAGUGAAAUCGUUUUAUGCUUGAUAUCUUUCUCCGUUAUGGCUGCUGAUAAAACUUCAGGCUGGAGCGGUGACUCUUUCGAUCGCUAUAAAGAAUACAGGUAUUGUCUUUCCGUAACUGUGAUUGGAUUUGCAUAUGCUGGGUUUCAAGCCUAUGCUCUAGCUUACUAUCUCGUCUUUCAAAAACAUGUCAUCCGCCAUCAUCAUCGUCAGCUGUUUGAUUUCUCCUUGGAUCAGAUACUAGCCUAUUUGUUGCUUUCAGCAUCAUCUGCAGCGGCCACGCGGGUCGACGAGUGGCAAACUAGUUGGGGAAAAGAUGAAUUCACAGAGAUGGCUAGUGCCUCAGUUUCAAUGGCCUUUCUGGGUUUUAUUGCAUUUGCAUUUAGCGCGCUUUUAUCUGGUUACCAACUCUGUACCAAUGAAUCUGCGUGAUCCCUGAUGUGGUAUCAAAAUCACAACACAAUCGGUUUUCAUUAUCGUACAAGGAAGAACAUAUUUUCCUCUAAAAAGUUAACAAUGUAUAUAUAGUUGCAAGCAGUCGUUUUUCAAGGUUUAAUGAACUAGGAAAGUGAUCUAUUCUGGUAAGAACGACACUAAGGAGAUGCUUGUGUCUAAGAAGACAAAUAGGACCAAACUGCUCC